CUCUCUCUCUCUCUCUCCGCCCUUCUUUCCUGUCUUUAUGAUUAUGACUGAUUUGAAUGUUCCAUUUUAUGCUCUCGUGGGCUAUGGGUUUAAGGGCAGUUGAAUAAAGUCAUCAUGACGGAUGCAAGCAACACUUCAGCUGUCCUUGUCCUUCUCUUUAUAUGGAUAAUACUUGUUCUGGCUCUGCUGUACUUUUAUAAAAAACUUAAUGCAGAAACAAAUGGACAGUACACCGUCCAGCGCAUAGUCUUCGGCCCUGGCGGCCUCCGGGAUCGAUUGAGACAAGGAGUCGGGGUUGUGGAAAACAGACUUGGUGUCCACAUUUGGCCUCAACGGCGUGAUGACGAGGAGAACAAAAGAGAAGAUGAUGAUGAAGAGGACAACGAGGGUCAUGACAAACAGAAUGACAGUUACACGGAGGAGGGAGAGCAAGAUGAACAUGAUGAUUCUUCAGAUGACUAUUCCAGCGUUGACCUGAGGGAGAGGGCAAAGAUGCAGACAGAAAAGAAAGAACAGAAGGAUAAAGCUGAAGAAGAGAAAGAGAAACAAAAGGAAGAGAAGGAGGAGGCAGCAGCGGGAGGAGAGGAUAAAAGUCAGGAAGUGAAGAAAGAAGAGAAAGUCGAAUUGCUUGUAGAUCUGACGCCGUUUUCUGGUAGUGCAAUUUGGUCCAAGGAAAACGUAGAUGGAAAUGAUGGAAAUGAUGGAAAUGACUUGACUGCUUUAUGAAAAGCUCAAAGACAUUGCCUUUGAAUUUAAUAGGCGGGAAACAAGGUUGCUUGGCCCAGUGGGUGGCACAAAACAUGAGUCAGUUUAACCUUUUAAAGCUUUUUUUUUUUUUAACAGUUUAUUGACAUACUGUUAAAACAAAUGUUUAAAAAGGUUUUCAUAUGUGUUUUGGCUGAUAUUUAUAUAGAAAAAAAAAGAAUAGAUUGUAAUGUAAAUCAAUUUUAUUUUCAUAAGAAAAAGUCAGACUACUAACACAAAAUGCAUGCAAAUAUGUGACCCUGGACUACAAAACCAUUCUUAAGUCGCUGGGGUAUAUUUGUAGCAAUAGCCAAAAAUACACUGUAUGGGUCAAAAUUAUAGAUUUUUCUUUUAUGCCAAAAAAUAUUAGGAUAUCAAGUAAAGACCAAGUUCCAUGAAAAUAUUUUGUAAAUUUCCAACUGUAAAUAUAUUAAAACUUAAUUUUUGAUUAGUAAUAUGCAUUGCUAAGGACUUAAUUUGGACAACUUUAAAUGAGAUCUUCUCAAUAUUUCGAUUUUUUUGCAACCUCAGAUUCCAGAUUUUCAAAUAGUUGUAUCUGCCAAAUUUUAUCCUAUCCUAACAAAUAAAUGGCAAGAUUAUUUAUUCAGCUUUUAGAUGAUGUAUAAAUCUCAAUUUCGAAAAAUGGACACUUAUGACUGGUUUUGUGGUCCAGGGUCACAUAUCUGUUUCCACUCUAAAUCUUCCAAUAACAUGUCAUAGUAAGAGAGUAUUUAAAUGUUUAGUUUUAUGGUUCAAGCUCUGUAGUUUUCUAUUUUUGGGGCCAAACAUAUAAUGCAAUGCAAUACAAUGAUGAUUAAGAGAUGGAUAAAUAAAUGUUCCUCAAAAGCUUGUUAUAUCAUAUUUGAUAUUCACAUUUAGUAAGUUUUCAUCUUGAAAUAUUACUAACAAUACAAAUUAUUCUUAAAUUUUCUUUAUAAAUAUCAGCAAGGAUUUCAAAGCAAAAAGGCAAGUUUACCACAGUGUGAAGAGGGAUGUUUUUAAACAAUUAUAAUAAAAAUUAUUGCCUCUCAGUUGGACAACAUAAGGCCUGUAGUAGAUUGUACAGAACAUUGUUUUUCAGGAAAAUAACUGGAUCAUGUUGAUACUUUUGAGACCUUAAAAACGUGUGUGUAAAAUAUAAAACAGUAGGCUUUAUAGGGUUAACUUUUAAAGUCAGUAAAACGGUUCAACACCAUUUUCUGUAAGUUUUGACUUUUAUGCACUUUCUGUUGGGGUUCUUUUUUUUUUUUUUUUUUUUUUUACAAAUGCUGACUGUGUGAAAAUACAUUUUAAAACUUUAUCACAUUUUAAGAGGUGUAAAUAUUUUUUCAUUAAAAAAUAUUUUCAUGUC